GCUGAUAUACACACUCGGUUGCGCAAUGAUCCGAUGAUACUAUAGGGAGAUUUGCUUUGCUUCCUUUAUAAGUUGGCAAUACAAAGGCUUAGGGAUACUGUCAUUCAAUGUCAGCGUUCUCCGUCUUUCAAACUACAAUGUCUCUAGCGUCCCGGCGGUGUUUACCAUGGUCAUGGCCAGAAGCUGGCAUGUGCUUGACCCGUGGUGAUGUGAACGCGUAGUCGGAGUCGAACUUCAAUAUGACCACCGCAUCAGAUUGAUCAAUGGUCCACAACAUUUACGAUUUACGCCACAUCGGUCGACCAGAUACAUGGGAAGCAGGAAUUGGUCGUUCCUCCUUGUCCUCUUAGUCUUCCCCACUUCACCAGCUCUGCUCACAAUACCCAGUCAGCCGCAGUGAGCACAACAUCAACACCUGGUGACAUGUCACCUGCCGGCGGCGCAGGCACGUUGUCUACUCCGCAGCACGAAAAGGCAGCAGCUCAUCCUGCUGGCAAAAUAGAAUACACGUCAAAUAGCUGUGGAACCGCCGUAGUCAGCGAGCACAUCAGCCUGGUUGGUGUCAACGUCGACCAAAUUCACCCAUGGACUCAGCACAACAUCCAGGAGGCCAAGACAUGCAAGGCAGAUGCCAUGCCCCGAGUCCAAGCUCUCCUGCAAAAAUGCCUCAAGGCACUUCCACCGGUUUGCAAUGAGCGGGCAGCGGGGUCUGCUACAAAGGGCAAACGAAAGGCUCAGGGACAAUUGUCACCUGAAGCCAAGCGAAGGAAGCCUGACAACAACCUGCUAGAUGUAACCGUCCAGACGGGUCUCUACGCCGCCGAAAUGUUUGCGGCCAGUCUUGCUGUCAAUAAUGUACUCAACCUUAUCGUCGUCGACGACGUGAUCUAUAUCUGGUAUUAUGAUCGGCAAGGGAUCAUUCAAUGCUCGGGCAUCAACUUCAUUCAAGAUCCCCCACGAUUCAUGGUCCUGUUGUAUGCUUUACAACGAUUCGAGCUUCGCGAUCGGGGCCGAAACACGCGCUUUCUCCCAGUUCAAGAUGGAGAGAUCCAAUGUCACGAAAUCACAAUUGAGGAUGCAGACCUGGGACCCGUGGAUCUCCUGCUUUACACCAGCCACGAAGAAAGAGUGACGGACAAAGGACUACAAGGACGCGCUGUAGCUGUGGUCCCUGUCACCAGCAAAGCGCUCGAGAAGAAAUUCAACCACAUCGAGGAUGGGGUGGUUGCCGAGAUCUUUUGGGGAGAGCAGUCGCGCACUUGCGAGCCAGAAAUCUUGGAAAAGGUGAAGGAGAUCGCUAAGGUGAACCAAUCCGUAGAAGGCGAUAUUCCUGUGCUGCUCUGUCACGAAAAGUUGACGAAUCCCACGUCCUCAAUCCGAGAAGCGCUUGACUUUCUGGAACCUACCAAAGGCAGUCGCGUGCUCAACAUCCUCGUAUUCCCCAAGCUCAACCCCAUCACGGAGCUACAUGGCAAAGAACUAUUUGAAGUGUGGCGCCAAUGUAUCCUAUGCCACAUUGCUUUGUGGAAGGCAGGAGUCUAUCAUCGAGAUGUCAGCCCUGGAAACAUGAUGUGGUACCGUGACAAACUGGGGAAGCUUAUGGGUGUGUUGAACGACUACGAUCUAUCGUUGUUGGCAAGUGUGCCGGGUCCUCAUGGCAACGAGCGCACGGGCACGGUGCCGUUCAUGGCACUCGAUCUUUUCACCGAAGAGGCUCAACGAGGCGAAGUCAAACAUUUGUAUCGCCAUGAUCUGGAGUCGUUCAUGUGGAUUUUAACCUGGAUUUUCUUGCGUUAUAGGAAUGGAGACCUCCUACCACCGGCAUCACGCCCCUUGGAUAUAUGGGCAACUUCAGACGCCUGGACAUGUUAUGAGGAGAAGUUAAACUUUCAACGUUAUGUCCAAAAAUAUCAGCCCUCGGACAUCGACCGUUCGGACCCCAAUUUUUCAGACAUCAAUUUGCGUAUGUGGGCUCUCCUCAUGGACUGUUUUCUUGUGCUCAAAACAGCCGACCACACUCGCUGGAUGGACGAUCAUCGUUGUGCUCAAGAGAUAUUGUGGGGAGGAGCAGGCCAGCUGACACACGCCGAAGAAUCACACUCAUUUACUCGAGUUUACCACUUCCAAGAAUUGGAUCAAGUUCAGCGCGCUGUCACAGUGAUUUUCAUUACUUCUUACCCUAUAUACGGUGUUCUGCGUAUCGAUACUUGUAAAUUUCAGUUGUACAUUCACAAUACACGCUAUCACUCCCGAUAGUGAAUAUUAAUGC